AUGAUUGCAUCAGGUGGUGCAGCUGCAGAUCUCUCCACUGUCAAAGCAAACCUGACUGAGCAUCUCCAGGCCAGCGAUCAGCUGAUCAACCAGCUGAAGGCCAACCUCACUGAAAAGACCAGAGAGGUGGACAAGCUUCAGUGUUUGAUGGGCAAGGGAUGGAGGAAGUUUGGUUGUUCCUUUUAUCUCCUCUCUACGGAGAAAGCUUCUUGGCAACAAAGCAGACAAAACUGCAGAGCCGGAGGAACAGAUCUGGUGAUCGUAGACAGUUAUGAAGAACAGGAAUUCAUCAAUAGCGUGAUCAAGGAAGACACUUGGAUUGGUUUGAAUGACACAGAAAAGGAGGGGACCUGGAAAUGGGUGGAUGGAUCUCCACUGAAUCUGACGUUUUGGAGCACUGGACAGCCUGAUAAUAGAGGAGGGUAUCCAGGCGAAGAGGACUGUGCAGAAAUACGUAUUGUUUACACCAAAAGGUGGAACGACCGGUCCUGUGAGUUCGAUCUGCUUUGGAUCUGUGAGAAAGAAGCUUAACAUUGGUGUCUGUUUGGAUACUAAACAUGCAAUCAUGCUUUUACAAUUGAGUUUAAAUCGAGUUAUUUAAAACUAUACACAAUGUCUGAUUUCAUGAAUAAGAAUGACUUUGCUCGAAUUGGUAAAUCACAUUUUUUUUUAGUGUUUUUUUGUUGUUGAUUACAAUCAGUUAUAAAUAAAUAGUCAUUUAAUUUGUUUUGGCCAACUUUUGUUUGCCUCAAUUGAAUUAGUAAUUGUAUUAAUCAUUUUACAUAUCAACAAAAAACAGCUUAUUAAAAACAUCUGCUUGGAAGCCCACAGUUCCUGAAAGUUAUAAUAUUGAAGGUGCCUUAUUGAGCAGAAUAUGAUACAAAUAAGAAACUGUCAAACAUUAAUGAAUAAUUCA